AGGCCUUUUAUCUUUCUUUCAGUCUUACAAUACUGCUCAACAAAGACGUGAAAUGCUGACCCAAAUCUUCCUCGCCGCCACCCUGGCAGCUGUGGCGUCUGCUCAGGCAGGGCCCCUGGAUAUGUUUGGUCUCAUCAACGUGCUGUACAUGAAAGCAGACAAAAACUUUGAUGGCAUAAUCUCUGAACCAGAAUUGACCUCUGUGUUUGAGGGUUUUGACCUUAACAAGGACCACAACGUGACGAUGGCCGAGUUCACGGGUCUAUGGAAACUGUUGACUCACCAGAGCCAAGAACACGCCGAGGCCUUCUUCCACUUGGCUGACCUCACCAACGACAAUGUCAUCAACUCUGACGAUCUCAGCCUUAUGUACCACGUCUUCGACAUAGACCACACCGGAGUGGUAACAGCAAAGAACUUCGCCACAAAAUGGGUCCAGAUAAUCCAGGAAACGCCAUUCGCUGUACUGUACGAGCGUGCGGACAAGGAUCACAACAACCAAUUGACAGCCACAGAAUUCAAUGGCUUCUUCAACUCCUUCGACUUUAACAGUGACGGUUCGGUGGAUAAGGCCGAGUUCGAGCACGGCUGGAGCUCGUCUCUGUUCGGGACCAGCGCUGACGCUGAUCACAUCUUCCCCCAGAUCACCACCACUGGAAUGAUUGGGGCUACACAGAUGGGCCCACUAUACACCAAAUAUAAUGAUGACCAUGAUGACCACUUGACUAUUAUUGAAGUUUCCAAGAUGGCAGCUAUGCAGCCACCUGCACCGACAUCAUAAGUGUUUACUUUCACCACCGCAAUCGGUAUCCAGUCAAAUAAAAUCAUUUUAGAAAUUAA